CCUCUAAGAGCAUUAACUGUAGAGUGUUCUGGUAGUGACAGGGCUGUCAGGGUCAGAUGGCUGCUCAGCCUGAUUAGACCAGCUCACAGCAGAUCCUCAGCUGCACUGCUACAGCAAGGUGCAGCUACAAACCCGCACUUAGAGCACAAACAUCGCCCCGGCCAGGCAGAGGUGGAUAGUUCAGUGUUAUAGUGGGGCAGAGCAACAGGUUGUUGCACCGAGACUUUAUUUUUUCUGAAGCUUUACCUGCAUAUAUUUCAGCUUCUAGAGGCAGAAAAAGACUGAAAGCAGGUGGAGUUUACUCUUGCAACGAGGCAGAAGAACUGAAGUCUGUGGUCAGGGAUGACGUUGAAUAGCAGAACCGCUGGUUGAUGGAGUUUGUGCGGCGGAGUGGUGACUACUGCCACGCCCAACACAUUUAGAGCCUGUCUGGAAUGAAGCUGCACAAUGCAGUCCUGCGACCCUGAAACCUGAAAGACCAUUGGCCUAUGCCCUCUGAACUAGCCAGCUCAUGGGGUAACACGUGGAGCCUCGACACCGGAAGCUAACUGGAAGAAGGACAGAGAGAGCUACUGAGAGACAAAGAGAAAAGGACUGAAGCAGUGACAAUCAGAGAGAGAGCUGCACACUGUGGCUUCCUGGACUUUAGGGUACAAUCAACUGAUGGAGUAAAACUGUACUCAAAACACCAGGACCUCAGAAUUGGGAAAAUACUUUAAAGACCAUAAACAGUCUCCCAACAGGAAGUUAAACAAGAGACAGGAAGUCCAGAGUCACCUGGAGACCUGAUAUAAGCAGCUACCUGCUUCAGCUGAGGCUAAAGGGUCAGAGGUCAUCCUGGGACGUCAAGGGUCACACUGGGCACCAUGAACCGUCCAGCUCCGGUGGAACUGUGCCACAAAAACAUGAGAUUCCUCAUCACACACAACCCCACAGACAGCACUCUCAGCUCCUUCAUAGAGGAUCUGAAGCGCUAUGGUGCCACCACAGUUGUACGAGUAUGUGAUGUCACUUAUGACAAAACACCGUUGGAGAAAGACGGCAUCACUGUGGUGGACUGGCCAUUUGAUGACGGAGCCCCGCCCCCCAGUAAACUGGUAGAUGAUUGGUUGAGUCUGCUGAUGAAGAAGUUUCAGGAGGAUCCAGGAUGCUGCGUGGCUGUUCACUGUGUGGCUGGACUGGGAAGGGCUCCUGUGCUGGUCGCUCUGGCUCUGAUAGAGAGCGGGAUGAAGUAUGAAGAUGCUAUUCAACUCAUCAGACAGAAGCGUCGUGGAGCGAUCAACAGCAAACAGCUAACAUACCUGGAGAAAUAUCGAUCCAAGCAGAGACUGCGCUUCAAAGACUCUCAUGCACAAAAGAACAAGUGUUGCACAAUGUGAACACACACACACACACAAACACACACACACACACAUACACACACACACACACACACACACACACACACACACAAAUACAAAUACAAACACUACUUCUACCCCUCGACAAAUGCUCUCAGGAAUCCAACCAUACAAGCCUUGUGUCACUGUCACAAACACUAAACAUAUACUGGUUUCAUGAGUUUGUGUGUACCCCAAUUAUUUCUGAAUGUUUUCUCAGCAGAUUUAUUUUAAAAAAAACAUCUAUGUCCCCUUGUUUGUGAUGAUUAGUUGUCUUUUAAAGAUGAUUUUAUUAGCGUAUUUGCUUGAUAUUGUAGUUUAAAGCAAGGAAAAAUGCCAAAGAUGGGCAAGGGAGAGAAAAUCAAACAAAAGGUGGAGCCAGCUGUUAAUGCAUAUUAGCUACAUUAUGGACACAGAGUUGGGUCAGGGAUAAUGUGUUGAGCCUUCUAAAUCACAUUAACAUUUUUAUCAAAAUAAAUUCAUCGUGUGCACAAAAGGGGACACCUAGAUUUGUUGUCGCGGAUUUAUUAUGACGUACUAUAUAUAUUGGCCUUCAAAUAGUCAAAUCGUACCAGAUACUUUGUGAAAAUACCAUUGAAUUUCCAUUAUUUUGUGCAGAUCUUCAAUAUUUUGAAACAUCACCAUGAUCACAGUAUAAAAGGCCCUGAGGUAUAUCUCCAAUGGUUUUUUGAUAUUGUUUUAUGACCUUAAAAAAACAGUUGAGAUAUAUUUUAUACAAUGUUUGGGGACUAAAACAUUUCACACUGACACACAGGAUUAAAAUCAAGAUAUCAGCUCAGUGUUUUUACUGUAAAUUUGUGUCAAAACUCUAAGUUGACCUUUUGUUUCACAUUAUUCUGUUACAGUGUAACUGGAGAUAUAAGGGUUCAUUUUCAUCCCAACAUUUUCUGCCAUUCAUUAUCGAUUAGUGUGAAAAUCAGCUUCUAAAAUGUUCGAUGAAGCAUUUUGCUAAACACUCAGCCUUCAUUUGGUGUUGUGUCAUUCACUGCUUUAAUAUGACUUCAGUGAGCUCAAGUUAUGUGUUUACAUAUCAGUGUGUGCAUUAUAUUAUGCUCUGUUUACUGAAACCCACAAAAGGAAACAUCUUUGUUAGCAGCAGCGGCUGAUUUCAAGCCAGGUUUAAAGUACAUAUAUUGUAAAAAAUGUUAAUAAUUCUACAGUAAUGAUACAUUAUACACAUUUUUAUGUGACAGAGAAAUGUAAACUAGUUGUAAAUAAUAUUGAAUGAGGUAUCUCUUUUAUUCUUCUGGAGGUCGUCUCAUUCACCGACUACAAAAAUUUGCAAGGAAAAUGAAACCAUGGCAGGUAUUACAAAUAUUUUAUUAUCUUCGAGGUGUCAGGGAGGAAUUUUUAUUUUAUCAGCACUUGAUGACACCAUCUCUCAGUUUUAGCCCAGGAAUGACAAAUGGAUACAAAUAGCACAAAUAUUGCUGCACAUCAUUUAGACUAGGUUACAGUAUUGUAAAAAAGAUUUUCUUGUGGGGUGGAGUUUACUUGUUCAUUUGUAUUGUUCCUGAAUGAUGCAUGUAACCAACUGCUUCCUUUUUUUGCUGAUGAUAGAGUGUGCACUUUUUAUGUAUUAGCAGGUUGCUUGUGACGGUCUCCUCAUCAUCUGAUGUCCUGAUAAGCAAUUUGUGAGAAAGAAAUGAAGUAAAAAGAGGGAGAGAAAAACAUCUUUACCUGAAAACUCAACAAAUUGGCUACAGUUUACUUGUUCAUAUGAUGUUUGUUUGUGUGAGUGUGUGUGUGUAUAUGUGUGUAGGCUUUCACUGUUGUCAAUGGCUGGGCUGACACUUUUUAAUGUAAAAACAAAUGCUGUAAAUGUAUUUCUGUAAAUUCUUGCAUUGUUUAAUAAAGUUUUUGUCAUUG